ACGGUAUAGUAGUAGUCAUGGUGCGGCGGUCGUGCGGAUUGGUUAGGCGUUCGUCGACCUGCACGCGACUCUUUGCCGACAGACGAACCUUCGUCACCGUUUCCUCAUUUUACCUUCGUCCCCAACACAGCUGCCACUUCCACUACCACAACUUUUACCGCUUUCCGUUUCCUACUUGUUGAUGACUGUCGCCACCGUUGGUUCCAUUUUACCGUCGACUCGUUUGUUUAUCGCCCCCGUAUUAAUCGGUGUUACCCCUAACUUUUAAGUUAUUCGUCACGGAACUUUGCCAACUGGUACUCGGAAAUGUGCGUGCAUAAGUGUCUCGGACAAACGAAUGACCGGUCACCUACAAUGCUGACUAACACGUCAUUAACAUUCGUGGCUUAACGAAGGAUAAGGAAUAUGUUAACGUGACUUUUAAAGAAAUCUACAACUGUUGAUCAUGUUGCCGAUCCGGUUGCCUAACACUUUACUAGCUCGUCGCCAGCAACCUCAUACUCCAAGCCCAACAGAACCUAAAGUUCAAGUUCGGCCAUUCACCAAAGAUUCAUUAGACGUGAGACAAAAUGUGCCUGCGACGUCUACAGGUUAUGGUUACCAGACUAGGAACAAAGUUAGCGUCCUUGAUGGAUCUGUUUUGCCAAGCAAAUUUGAACCUUUUCCCAGAGAGUUGUAUGGUAAACCAUUAGAAGAAAUUGACAACUUUAUAUUUGACGAGACAUUUUGUGUGGUAUCAAAAAGGUUCAGAAAAAACUAUAUACAUCGUUUUACAGCUACCAAGUCUUUCUUCGCAUUUUCACCAUGGAAUUUAUUUCGCCAACUAUGCAUUUAUAUUUCAACAAAUCAAAUAUUUGAUUAUGUGGUGAUGACCACUAUUUUGCUCAAUUGUGUCUUCCUAGCCAAAACUGAUUCGGUUGAUGAGGCUGAAUACGUUUUCUUAGCCAUCUACACGGCCGAAAUGGUAAUCAAAACUAUAUCAAAGGGGUUUAUACUAAAUAAGUAUACAUACUUGCGGAACCCGUGGAAUUGGCUUGACUUCAUUGUUAUUACUUCAGGUUACGCCACAAUCGGCAUGGAUGUAGGAAAUUUAGCUGGAUUACGAACGUUUCGAGUGCUUAGAGCAUUGAAAACAGUAUCAAUUAUGCCAGGUCUCAAGACGAUCAUCAAUGCAUUGUUACAUUCCUUUCGUCAAUUAGCUGAAGUUAUGACGUUAACUAUAUUUUGUUUGAUGGUCUUCGCUUUGUUUGCUCUACAGGUUUAUAUGGGCGAGCUUCGAAACAAGUGCGUCAUGAUCAACGAAAAUAGUGUAAACUGGCAGAUAUGGAUAAAUAAAAAAGAAAAUUGGUUAUCGGACAAUGAAGGCAAUCCAAUGCUGUGCGGAAACGUUACCGGGGCGAGGCAUUGUCCAUCUGGGUACGUUUGUAUAGGUAUUGGACCAAAUCCUAAUUAUGGUUUUACAAAUUUUGACAAUUUUCUUUGGUCUAUGUUGACUACAUUCCAAUUAAUAACAUUGGACUACUGGGAAAAUGUGUACAACAUAGUGUUGGCUACGUGCGGUCCAAUGAGUGUUAUAUUCUUCACCGUAGUCGUAUUCUUUGGUUCGUUUUACCUGAUAAAUCUCAUGUUAGCUGUGGUUGCCCUGAGUUACGAAGAAGAAGCGGAAAUCACACAAGAGGAGAGACGAAAAGACUUGACGGAUUAUCGAGACGAAUCAACGUUUAGUUUUGACCCCAGUCGAAUACCUGUACAAAAGUUACAAGGGAAAGAGAAUAGACCAAACAAAAAAUUAGACGGUCGAAAAACAUUACUUCUUUCGUCAGUUACAAAGAAAAGGAAGAAGUCUCGAAGACGUCGAUUAAAUCAAAGGCAACAGUCUCAGCAGCAAGAAGACAAUCGACAAUUAUCAAAGGCUAUUCCUAAUCUGACUGAUGACUGUAAUGAUGAUGACUACUCAGGUAGUCGAAUGUCUACACCUAGCCCUAAGCAUAAAGUUCACCAUUCAAAUCCUCCCAUCACAGUAUGCUCAAAACCAGUGAUUCCACCGCCUCAGCCGGAACCACCGCCUGGCAAUACAACAGUAAAAGCUGCAGCUGACACUCUACGCCCUCACGCUCUUGUCGCACCACAAGGAAGGGAACGGUGGUUAUCAGGUAGUAAACAGGGCAGUGCCAAUACAAGUGAAGGAAAUAAUAGGGAAUCGUCUUUAGACGAUUCCGGUGUAGUGGAUGAUCACGAAGACGGCGAAGUCACUUCACUGUCACAUUCACAACACACUUCUCCACAACCACAGCAAGGCGGAUACCGUUAUUUACCUAAGAAUGACAAUGAUGAUAGUACUAAUGAUGAUAAAGCUGUAGCUAAGAACAUUAAAGUAAUCAAAUGCAAUGGCCUGAAAACAAAACCAUUUGGUCGCAAAGGCGAAGCUGAGUACGUGUCUCAGGUGGUGGUUAUUGAGAAAAAUUGUCCAAAUUGUAACAGAAGUUAUUGUAUUGAUUACCAGACAUGGUUAAAAGUUCAAAAAUGUCUCUAUAAAGUAGUCAGAGAUCCGUUAUUUGAGUUAUUCAUAAUGGCUUGUAUUAUUUGUAACACUAUUGUAUUGGCAAUUGAACAUCAUGGUAUGUCAGAUAAUGUAGCUUACAUUCUGGAUGUUGGAAACAAGAUUUUUACUGCUAUAUUUACUAUUGAGUGCCUAUUCAAGUUAAUAGCUUUAAGCAACAAUUUUUUCAAUUGCGGUUGGAAUAUUUUUGACAUGAUCAUAGUAACGGCAAGCUUGUUAGAUUUAUCAUUUGAAAUGAUUGACGGUUUAUCGGUACUACGAUGCUUGAGAUUGCUGAGAGUUCUCAAGCUGGCUCAAUCUUGGACUACCAUGAAAGUAUUGUUGAGUAUUAUAAUAUCGACUAUUGGAGCACUAGGUAAUUUGACUUUUGUGCUGAUCAUCAUAAUAUACAUAUUUGCAGUCAUCGGUAUGCAACUGUUCUCCAAGGAUUAUAAGCCCGAAAAGUUCUACCCUGAUCCCGUUCCAAGAUGGAAUUUCUCUGAUUUCUUUCAUUCAUUUAUGAUGAUUUUUCGUAUAUUAUGCGGUGAAUGGAUUGAACCACUUUGGGACUGCAUGAAAGCUGAAGAAAAUGAAGGCUUUGGAAUUUGUUUUGCUAUUUUUUUACCGGCGUUAGUCAUGGGAAACUUUAUGGUCCUUAAUUUGUUCUUAGCGUUGUUACUGAAUAGUUUUAACUCAGAGGAACUGAAGUCUAAAAAAGAGCAAGGCCAACAAGAAGUUGACGAAGAAAUGGCACAUUACAGGGAGCGAUGGGCUCAUCACGCUAAAGUAAUCGGUAAUGUUUGUCGCAAAUGUAGAGAGAAUCAAAAUCUUUCCAACAGGUCCUCAAUACAUUUCACAAAUAUUCCUAAAGACACUACUGUGUCUUUGGUAGAUUAUGAGGAAGUUGGUGAUGGUUCUAAACUGGAGCGAAGCUUUCAACGUAUACGCUCAAUUAUAAGAAAACGUAAGAGACUGCAGUCAAAAACUGAAAUUACUACCUGUGAUGCACCAGUAAAUUUUAAACUAGAAAGUACUGUUAAGCAACUAAUGCGAAUUAAGAACGAAAACAAUAAAAGAGAAAAAACGGAAAUUAUUGAUGUCUCUGAGGUAGUAUGUAACCUCGAACAUGAAGUAAUCAGUAAUCAAAAUGACUUCAGUAACACAAAUUUAAAUGUAGAAUAUGACUUAAACAAUAGUUCACCGUCGUUAGUUUUAAAUGCCGGCUAUUUAGAACAACAAGAAAAAACUUAUCAAAGAAAAAUUCAAAGGGCAAUGACUGAAGAUUCAUCCGAUACAGGAUAUCACCAAGGUGUACUUACAACGCCAGUAUAUAGUAGACAAGAAUCUUUAUCAGAUGAUCUAUUGUACCAUCAAAUAAUGCAAGAUGCAAUGUGUUAUGCACCUACGUUGACCAGAGAUUUAGAUUUACCUAUUUUAGAUGAAACUUUUGAAUUCUCAGAGCAUUAUAUAAGCCCACCUCCGGUUGGUUUACACCGAAGAUCUUAUAUAUUAGCAACAAGACAAGAAACUAGCAAAGAUACAGUUGAUGAAUCAUGUUUUGUGAAUCAGAAAAACAAUACUUGCUCUCAAUUAUUGGAUGAAAAAUCUAAAAAAAAGCCAUGGAUAACACUGGUGUCGUAUGUGGAUGAAUUAACUGUAGGUGGGAGAAGAGAUUCCAAAGGAAAUUUUGUAGAUACUGCGCCAAGCUUUCCAAGCUUUGGAAGGAAUAAACAAUCAAAAGAACCACCAGAAUGUUUUCCAUAUAGUUGUUAUCAAAGAAUUGGAUUGAAGCAAGAAUGGAUAGACUCUUGGUUUGGUGAACGGUGGUUGUCUUUUCGUCAAAAAACUCUAAUUAUUGUUGAUACUCCUAUAUUUGAAUGGUUUAUAUUAGUAUUAAUAUUUGCCUCGAGCGUGACAUUAUGUUUUGAAGAUAUUUAUUUAGACGAAAAUAAAACUUUGAAGACAGCUUUGUAUUGGACUAAUUUCACAUUUUGUGUUAUAUUCACAAUUGAAUUAGUCCUAAAAUGGAUUGCAUUAGGAAUUCAUAAAUAUUUUACUAGUUUUUGGACAGCUUUGGAUUUUAUAAUCGCUUUGAUGUCUAUAUUUAGUCUGCUAAUAGACGAAAAUGAAAAUCUUAAAGUUCUUCGAUCUUUAAGAACUCUACGAGCAUUAAGACCUUUAAGAGCAAUAUCUAGAUGGCAAGGCAUGCGAAUUGUAGUAAAUGCUUUAAUGUACGCAAUACCGUCAAUUUUUAACGUACUGUUAGUAUGUUUGGUGUUUUGGUUAAUAUUUUCUAUUAUGGGAGUUCAAUUUUUCGGUGGAAAGUUUUUUAAAUGUGUCGACAGUAAUGGAGAACGAUUAUCUGUAAAUAUUACCAACAAUCGAAGUGACUGUAUGCUCCAAAACUAUACGUGGUUGAAUUCUAAAAUAUCAUUUGAUAACGUGGGAAUUGCAUAUUUAGCUCUAUUCCAAGUAGCUACUUUCGAAGGUUGGAUGGAAGUAAUGGCCGAUGCUGUAGAUGCUCGUGGGGUGGACCUACAACCUGAAUAUGAAGCUAAUCUUUAUGCUUACAUAUAUUUUGUUAUAUUUAUUGUGUGUGGAGCGUUUUUCACGCUGAAUUUAUUCAUCGGAGUCAUCAUAGACAACUUCAACAUGCUUAAAAAGAAGUAUGAAGGUGGUGUGUUAGAGAUGUUUCUCACGGAAAGUCAAAAACAUUACUACACUGCUAUGAAAAAAUUAGGAAGAAAAAAACCUCAAAAAGUAAUCAAACGACCUGUUAAUCAAUUUUUGGCAAUAUUUUAUGAUUUAUCCAAUUCUAGAAGAUUUGAGGUAGCAAUUUUUGUACUUAUUUUUUUAAACAUGUUAACCAUGGGUAUAGAACAUUAUAAUCAACCGGUAGCAAUAUUUUUUGUAUUAGAAGUGUGCAACGCAUUCUUUACUACGGUUUUUGGAUUAGAAGCUUUAGUUAAAAUUAUCGGCCUUCGUUUUCAUUAUUUUACUGUUCCUUGGAAUGUUUUUGAUUUUCUGUUAGUUUUGGCUUCAGUUCUUGGAAUACUUAUGGAAGACAUUAUGAUUGAUUUUCCUGUUUCGCCGACAUUAUUAAGAGUCGUUCGAGUAUUUAGAAUAGGUAGAAUACUCCGACUUAUCAAGGCUGCCAAAGGCAUAAGGAAGUUAUUGUUUGCUUUAAUUGUUUCCUUGCCAGCGUUAUUUAAUAUAGGAGCAUUACUUGGUCUUAUUACUUUUAUAUAUGCCAUUAUAGGCAUGUCUGUGUUUGGUCAUGUUAAAAAACAAAAAGCCAUUAAUGAUAUGGUUAACUUCGAGACUUUUGGUAGAAGCAUGCAACUCCUCUUUAGGCUUAUGACUUCUGCUGGAUGGAACGAUGUACUAGAAUCUUUAAUGGUUCAGCCGCCAGAUUGUGAAUUAGAAACACCCGGGCUUCCAAAUGGCAAUUGUGGUCAUCCUAUAUUAGCUAUUACAUAUUUUACUAGUUUUAUAAUAAUUAGUUAUAUGAUUGUAAUCAACAUGUAUAUAGCAAUUAUAUUGGAAAAUUUUAACCAAGCUCACCAAGAGGAAGAGAUUGGAAUAGUCGAAGACGAUCUUGAAAUGUUCUAUAUCAGGUGGUCUAAAUUCGAUCCUCAUGCAACACAAUUUAUAGCUUUCAACCAAAUAUCUGAUUUUAUUGCUAGUCUAGAUCCACCAUUAGGUAUACCUAAACCAAAUAUUGUGGCUUUGGUAAGCUUCAAUUUACCGAUUGCGCGAGGUAACAAAAUACAUUGUUUGGACAUACUUCAUGCUUUAGUAAAACAUGUACUUGGUCAUGUGGAAGAAACAGACGAAUUCAAAAAACUACAAGAUCAAAUGGAUGUUAAAUUCAAAAAACAAUUCCCGACUCGUAAAGAACUCGAAAUAGUUUCAUCAACACGACUAUGGAAACGACAAGAUAAAGCAGCCCGUCUUAUACAAAGAUCUUACAGAAAUUUCAGAAGAAGAAAAAAAGAUAUGACUGAUUUAUAUUCGGAUACUCAAUCAUCAAGCCCCGGCGGAUGGCAGUCGCGCCUUUCAUCUUUUUUACACGUGAAAGGUAGAUCAUUAAGCGGUAUUGGAGGAAAUGGUGACCGCAGUUCUAGAGCUUCAUCAAGGAAAUCUUCCAGAGCAUCUGAUGCAUCAGAUUUAUCAGAACUCGGAGCGUCAGUGUGGCAAAAUUUACCAAUGUUUUUAAUGUCAGGAGCUCAAUUAGAUGGUCCUAAUAAAUCUGAAGUUCCUACCCCCAAAAAAAAAUCUUUGACUGAUGCAACGGUACAAAUCACAAUCAGCGAACCAUCUCCUGAAUCAAAACCAUAUGUGCUUCCUUUGACAUUAAAUCGUAAUGGACUCAAAGACUUGACGGACCAUUCUCCUCAAACAUCUAAUGUUAGUAUUACCAUUACGGAUGCGUCGCCUGAUAGUCACAGUGUGGAAUCACAGGGCUUACCCACUUCUUCGGCUACCAGUGGCACUUCCGCUCAUUGUAAAAGACUGGCAUUUCGACGAGCUACCGAAGCCAAAAUUAUACAGCAUAAAGCCCUUGUACACAGAGCUUCAGAAGGAUCUCACAGUUGAUGAGAGUUAUGUAAUCAGAUACAUUUAUUAGUUAAUUAUUAAGUUGUGAAGUUUGAUUAUAAUCAAAACUCAAAAUUUUACAUUGUGACAUAUUUAUACGAUAUAAUGUAAAAAAAAAUAAUUUGUGAUUGAAUAUUGAUGAUAUCAUAUCACUUUCUAUAAACAUAAGAUAGAAUCUUAAUCAAAAAAACAUAAAAACUUUCGAAGACUUGAAAAAUUACGCUUACUUUCUUUUAAAGUUGUAAAUAAAAAAGGGAUAAAUUUUGUAUCAAGCUAUUAGCAAAGUUUUAGUAUAUAAAACAUACGUUCAACUUUUUAAUAUAGGUAUUUAUAUUUAUUAAAAAUUAGUGAUCGAUAUUUUUAAAAAUUGUGCAAUUCUCCAGGAAAACAAUUCUUACUUAUAAAGACAUGAAAAUAAAAAAUAUAUGACGUCUACAUGUUUAAAUUCAGGGGUACACCUUAGUUAGUAUUUGAAGUACUUAAUUUGAAAAUUCAAUGUAAUAUGAAUUACAAUUGUUAUUAAUAAAUUUACAGGUUUUUCUUAUUCGUAAAUUAAAAAAAAAUUUAAAUAACUAUUCCAACCCUUAAAAAAUGUAAAUAAAUUGUCUUGUAAAUUCAAUAAAAUAAUAAAAAUUGCAAUGCUAAAAUUUAUUUACUAAAAAUAAUGAUUAAUGAAUCGUAAAUUUUUCUUUUAUAGGAUACGAUUUUUAAAAAAAGAGAAUUUUCUAAUAGCUUUAAAUAAAAUAGAUGAAUUCUUCUUAUUAAAAAUAUAAUAAAUUUGAAUGCUGUUUAAAUACUUUACAAUACUCAAAUAAUUUAUUCACAUUUCAAAUAUUUUUUCUAGUUCAUAGACAGAUAUUUAAUAAAUAGUUUAUCCGAUUUUUUAAAUUUAAUUUUAAAAUGUUUAAAUUUAAUCUGAUCACUAAUAACUUUUUUUACUUAAGUGUAUGUUUUUAUAAUUUGUUGAGGAGGUAAGCCAAUGAGGUUGUAAUGAAGUCACCCAUAAAAUAACUUAAGAGGUACUGAGAUAAAAAUUGAUUUUCAAUUAUCCUUGCUAAAAUAAUAGAUCAUGAUCCACACAACAGCCAUACAAAAAAUGAUAUAUAUAUAUCCUCUCUAAAAUACUCUUAGAACCCUAUAUAAAAUAUUUUUUUUUUUACUAUAAUAUAAGGUUUUAUUUUAAAACUACCUAAAUAAUUACUGAAAAUAAAUUCAAUGCAUAACUAGACUACUAUAACCAGUCUUUAUUUAAAAUUAAUUAAACAUCUUAAAAUUUCCAUAUUACUUGAAUGAUAUUUUUUUUUUAUUUUGACAUGCGCAAUAAUUAUGUAAUAUUUUACAAUAAAAUAAUUUCUUUAUUUUAAAAAUAAUUAUAAAUUAUCCGUUCGGUUUCAUAUUAAUAUUCUACGUAUGAUUAAUAGUUAAGAAAAAUUAACUUUUUACACCAUAACGUCAAAAUGACAAUAAUACUUACCAUAUUUUAUAAAAAUUAUUUCUACAAUAAUAUUUAUGUACAUAUAAAAUUUAAAAAAAAAUUCAAAAUUACAAUCUUACAUAAAAUUUUAUGUACGUCUUGAAAUAUACAAAUGUCCUAUUAAUAUUGCUUUUUUUAU